AACUUCACUGUUGAGAGUGGUAUUUCCUAAAGACCUGAACGCAGCACAAUGCUACGUCAGCUGACUAGCGCCAGAGCCGCAUGAAACUCACGUGACUAGUGUCAGCACGUGACAGUUUGGACCAGAGCAUCAGUAUGGCUGCUGCACCACAACCUGUCUACUGGCUGGGUAAUGACACCCUGAGGGUGUCUGCAGCCCUAUUUGCAGAGAACCGUCGACGACUAUGCAAAGGGCUGAAAGCCAAAGACGGAGUGGUGCCGCAGUCAGUGGUGGUGCUGCAGGGAGGAGAGCAGAAGCAGAGGUACUGCACGGACACAGACCUCCUUUUCAGGCAGGAGUCUUUCUUCCACUGGGCUUUCGGAGUAACCGAGCCGGACUGUUAUGGAGCCAUUGAUGUGGACUCUGGGAAAUCCAUCCUUUUUGUUCCCAAACUGCCUGAAAGCUACGCUACUUGGAUGGGAAAGAUCUUUCCUAAAGAGCACUUCAAGGAGAAGUAUGCUGUUGAUGAGGUGCAAUACGCCUGUGAUAUUGCCGAUGUCCUGUCCAGCCUGAAACCAGCAGUGCUCCUAACACUGCGAGGACAGAAUACAGAUAGCGGGAGCAUCUGCCGUGAAGCCUCCUUUGAAGGAAUUAGUCGCUUCCAAGUGAACAACACUUUUUUACACCCAGUCAUUGUGGAAUGCCGUCUGAUUAAGACCGAUAUGGAGCUGGAGGUCCUGCGCUACACCAACAGGAUUUCCAGUGACGCCCACAAAAUGGUCAUGAAGCAUGUGAAGCCUGGACAGAAAGAAUAUGAAAUGGAGAGCCUGUUCCAGCACUACUGCUACAAUAAAGGAGGGAUGCGCCACACCUCCUACACCUGCAUCUGUGGAACAGGCGAUAACUCCUCCAUUCUCCACUACGGCCAUGCUGGGGCUCCAAAUGACAAGACAAUUACAGAGGGAGACAUGUGUCUGUUCGACAUGGGUGGAGAGUACUACUGCUACUCCUCAGACAUCACCUGCUCCUUCCCAGCCAACGGCAAGUUCACUCCAGACCAGAGGGCCGUCUACGAGGCCGUCCUCAAAUCCUCCCGAGCUGUCAUGGCUGCCAUCAAACCAGGUGUGAAGUGGACUGACAUGCACCGCCUGGCCGACCGGGUCCACCUGGAGGAGCUGGUGAAGAUCGGCAUCCUGAACGGCAGCGUGGAGGACAUGCUGAAGGUCCACCUGGGCUCCGUCUUCAUGCCCCACGGCCUGGGACACCUGCUGGGCAUCGACGUGCACGAUGUGGGAGGAUACCCUGAGGGGGUGGAGCGUAUUAAUGAGCCCGGACUGAAGAGUCUUCGGAUGGGCCGCCUGGUGCAGGAGAGGAUGGUCCUCACCGUGGAGCCCGGCAUAUACUUCAUCAACCACCUGCUGGACCAGGCCCUGGCCAACCCUGCUCAGAGCUGCUUCAUCAACAACCAAGUGCUGGCUCGCUUCCGCAGCUUUGGAGGGGUUCGCAUUGAAGAUGACAUCGCAGUGACAGCUGAUGGCAUAGAGCUGCUGACCUGCGUCCCUCGCACCGUGGAGGAGAUUGAGGCUUUCAUGGCAGACUCUGCAAAACCCUUCAGCCCUGUCGUCAGCAGCUAGAAAUUCUGACUGACGUCUCACAGUAAAGUCUGAGCUGUACUCUGCGACGACAUUAACUACUGCAGAUAAACAACAAGACUAUUCUUCGGUAAAACUGAAGUUAUUACUCAUAUCUCACUUAUACAACAGAUACACAAUCAAGAUUAUUAUUAAGCAGUACAAUUAACACGAUAAAAAGCAAGGAACAUGAAAACUUUCAUACAGUAUCUUUAUAAAGCUUUCAUAAUGUUUUGAAAAUUGUGAUGCAGUCACUUUAAGGGACAAACUACUUUAAUAAAAUAAAUGUGUUCAUUUAUGUGCGUCCCGGAAAAAUAAAUACAAUUUUUUGAAAGUAAUUCUUAUUCUUAUAUUUUCCUCUUUGUAAACAUUGAUUCACAAAAAAAUGCUGUGAAAUUAAAUUAAAUAAACAUUUUAAUUUGCAA